UGGGUCCGGUCCUGGGACUUGCCUUCAUAGCCAGCAGCGAGCGCGGCCGCCCAGUGCUCGGAGGCUGCAGGCCGCGUCCAGGCUGAGCCUCCCGCUUGCCUCCCGCGCCGCCGCGCCGCCCGCGCGAGCGCUCCUUUCCAGAAUGCUGCGUUGGGGCAGCCAGGCGCUCCGGCGCUUCUCCACCGGCCGGGUUUAUUUCAAAAACAAGCUGAAGUUGGCCCUUAUUGGUCAGAGCGUCUUUGGGCAGGAAGUCUACAGCCACCUCUGCAAAGAGGGCCAUCGAGUUGUGGGCGUGUUCACUGUUCCAGACAAGGAUGGAAAAGCUGACCCACUGGCUUUGGCUGCAGAGAGAGAUGGGACCCCUGUGUUCAAGUUCCCUAGAUGGAGAGUCAAGGGCAAGACCAUAAAGGAGGUGGCAGAGGCUUACAGAUCCGUGAGUGCCGAGCUAAAUGUGCUUCCUUUCUGCACGCAGUUCAUCCCCAUGGAUGUAAUUGACAGCCCAAAGCAUGGGUCCAUCAUUUAUCACCCGUCCAUUCUUCCCAGGCACAGAGGAGCCUCUGCUAUCAACUGGACCCUCAUUAUGGGAGAUAAGAAAGCUGGGUUUUCUGUAUUCUGGGCUGAUGAUGGUUUAGACACGGGACCCAUCCUUCUUCAGAGAUCAUGUGAUGUGGAACCCAAUGACACAGUGGAUACGCUUUAUAAUCGAUUUCUUUUUCCUGAAGGAAUCAAGGCUAUGGUGGAAGCUGUCCAACUCAUCGCCGAUGGAAAAGCUCUUCGGAUUAUGGUCACUUUCUAUGGCUCGUCAUUACUGAAGAGCUCCGUGCCUCCUGGAGAACCACUGGAAAUUAAAGGUGCCAAGACGCCUGGUCUUGUUACCAAAAACGGACUUGUUCUUUUUGGUAACGAUGGAAAAGCACUGAUGGUGAGAAACCUGCAGUUCGAAGAUGGAAAAAUGAUUCCUGCCUCUCAGUACUUUUCAGCAGGCGAGACAUCAGUGUUAGAACUUACAGCCGAAGAGGUGAAGGUGGCAGAGACCAUCAAGGUCAUCUGGGCUGGAAUUUUAAGCAAUGUCCCUGUUAUUGAAGACUCAACAGACUUCUUUAAAUCUGGAGCAAGCUCAAUGGAUGUUGUCAGGCUGGUUGAAGAGAUCAGACAGAAAUGUGGUGGGCUUCAGUUACAGAAUGAAGAUGUCUAUAUGGCCACCAAAUUCGAAGACUUCAUCCAGAAAAUUGUGAGGAAACUGAGAGGAGAAGACCAGGAAGCAGAGCUACUAGUAGCUUACGUUUCAAAGGAAGUCAAUGAAAUGACAGUGAAAAUGCCAUAUCAGUGUUUCAUAAAUGGACAGUUCACGGAUGCUGACGAUGGGAAGACUUAUGACACCAUCAACCCAACAGAUGGUUCUGCAAUAUGCAAAGUAUCCUAUGCGUCUUUGGUGGAUGUUGAUAAAGCAGUAGCAGCAGCGAAAGAUGCCUUUGAAAACGGUGAAUGGGGAAGAAUGAAUGCAAGAGAAAGGGGAAGAUUGAUGUACAGACUUGCAGACCUACUGGAAGAAAACCAAGAAGAACUGGCAACCAUUGAAGCUCUCGAUUCAGGCGCUGUCUAUACUCUGGCUCUGAAGACUCACAUUGGAAUGUCUGUACAGACCUUCAGAUAUUUUGCUGGCUGGUGUGAUAAAAUUCAGGGUUCUACAAUUCCCAUCAACCAAGCCCGUCCAAAUCGCAAUCUGACUUUCACCAAGAAGGAGCCACUUGGUGUCUGUGCCAUUAUUAUUCCCUGGAAUUACCCAUUGAUGAUGCUGGCAUGGAAGAGUGCCGCUUGUUUGGCAGCAGGCAACACCUUAGUGCUCAAGCCAGCACAGGUCACGCCCUUGACUGCCUUGAAAUUUGCAGAGCUCUCUGUUAGAGCAGGCUUUCCAAAAGGGGUAAUCAACAUCAUUCCAGGCUCAGGUGGCGUGGCAGGACAACGCCUUUCUGAACAUCCUGAUAUCCGCAAACUUGGUUUCACUGGUUCCACUCUUAUCGGCAAACAGAUCAUGAAGAGCUGUGCAGUGAGCAACUUGAAAAAAGUUUCCCUUGAACUUGGAGGCAAAUCCCCACUUAUAAUAUUCAAUGACUGUGAACUCGACAAGGCUGUGAGAAUGGGCAUGGGAGCGGUAUUUUUCAACAAAGGAGAGAACUGUAUUGCAGCUGGGCGGUUGUUUGUGGAAGAAUCCAUCCAUGACGAAUUCGUAACAAGAGUGGUAGAAGAAAUUAAAAAGAUGAAAAUUGGUGAUCCACUUGACAGAUCUACUGAUCACGGGCCUCAAAAUCAUAAGGCCCAUCUGGAAAAGCUUCUGCAAUAUUGUGAAACUGGAGUGAAAGAGGGAGCCACCUUGGUGUAUGGGGGAAGACAAGUCCGAAGGCCAGGCUUUUUUAUGGAACCAACUGUCUUCACAGACGUGGAAGACCACAUGUAUCUUGCCAAAGAGGAAUCCUUUGGGCCUAUUAUGGUCAUUUCUAAAUUUCCAAAUGGGGACAUCGAUGGAGUGUUGCAGAGAGCAAAUAAUACAGAGUAUGGUUUGGCCUCGGGGGUUUUUACAAGAGACAUAAACAAAGCUAUGUACGUGAGUGAAAAACUGGAAGCAGGAACUGUUUUUAUUAACACAUACAACAAGACGGAUGUGGCAGCCCCUUUUGGUGGAGUUAAACAAUCUGGCUUUGGCAAAGAUUUAGGUGAGGAAGCACUAAAUGAAUACCUCAAAACCAAGACGGUGACGCUGGAAUACUAGAGCGAUGCCAUCAUCAGGAAUCCCUCGGCAGAGGGCGCUGCUUCUCAAGUCUGGACACACUCAAGAAGCCUGGGUGUGCUGAGGAAGGAUAUAUCAGCCAUGAGCCAAAAAGGACACACAUGGACCAUGAAGACGGUCAGGUCACACGUCUAAGCAUUUACACACAUACCUGAGCAAUACACCUUUUAUACCUUGACUUCCGCUUGUUGGUUUUUGACUACGUUGUAUAUCACACAUAUUUCUAAAAUGCCAAGCUGCUUUUUUCCCCACCAAAACUAAUCUAGUCAUGGCUGUUUCUCUUGAAGCCGUCAAUAUCAUGCAGUUAUAAUGCACAAGGUGCCUUUUGGGGAAACUUUGGAUAAUACGUACAGGUUUUAACCUCUGAACCAUACAUUUGGGUUAAGAUUUUUUUAUAAUUUUUCUGUCAAGGAACAGUAGAUCCUAUAAGGAUCAUGAAGGAAGUUCCUUUUUUUAUAUGUGGAUGUAAGGUCCAUCUUUGUGCCUUUGAUGUUCUAUUUUUCAACCCACUGUGAUGGGUAACCAACCCAUAAACAGUUCUCAAGUACUUAUUAUGGUAUGAGGUAUGAUAUUAUGUCCUGAGGAGUAUACAAAAUUUAUUGUCAUGAUCUCUGGCCCCAAAGAGUUUAAAUUCUAGUCAAUAGCUUUUAAAGUAAAUUUUACAGUAUGAUAUAGUACAACAUAAAUAGCUUUUGGAGGCCGAUCUUGGUUCCUAUCAUACCAUCUUACCAUCUGUGUGACUUUAGGAAACUUAUGCAACUUCUCUGAGCCUCAGCUUCUUUAAAUGUGAAAUGGGGACAGUAAUGCCUCCCUCAGGGGCCCUGUGAUGAAAAUUCAAUGCAAUAACCUAAGUAAAGCACCUUGUACUGUGUUUUGUUCGUGGUAAAUAUUCACAGAAGUUAACUGUUUCUCUGUCACUAUUUAAACAAUAUAUUGACGUAUAUUAACUAGAUGAAUUAAUUCAUUUCCCUGAAACCAUAUUCAGUAGUCGAUUCCUAUACUCUUGUUCUCAUCCAUUGUCCUGACACAGUACCCAACACAGCAGCCCUGAAAAAUGCCAUGCAAUGAAAAAUGAAGGAAAAGGGUUGCUUUCCUUUCUGAGGCUCACUCAUCCUUUAUCCAUCUUGUUUUCCGUUUUCUAUCUACUGGUUUUACUGCUCACUGGCUGUGUGAUAUUAGGCAAGUUAAGUUACUUAACAUCUCAGAGCCUAGGUUUGGAAUCUAUAAAACGGGGAAAAAAUUGCUGUCCCCUCUGCACUCAAGAAAUAGGAAUCAUUACAACCCAUACCGUACUUGCAAAAUUGCCUUUUGUCAGACAAAAAAAAAAAUUAAGUGGGUAAAUUAUCACCAUCCAAGUGUGACUAGGUGAGUUCCUGAAUCACAGUCUCUAGAAGAUGCUCAGAGCAAUUAAUUUCUAUUAUUCCUCCUUUCAAAGUAAAAUUUCUGCUAACAUUCCUAUCUUGUGGGUGUUGAAGAAGCCCUUCCGGCGUAGUUGUUACUUCGAGGACUCAGCAGCUUAUCAGAGGGAUGUAGGAAAUUAAUAUCAAUGAUCGACAACAACAAAAUCAGAGGCAGAAAACAUUCAGGUGAUCCUGGCAUGGUCAAUAGAGUAAAUUUGCCCUGUAGGCAUUUUUUAUUAUGCUGUAGCUCAUUUACCAUCAGAGAUUGGCACAGCUGGAAUUCUCAGUUGGAAUAUUAUCUGGUCCAAACUGACAAAUCAUAUUUGAAUAAAACAACAAUAGUCUUAUUAUAAAGGAACCACUUUUAAAUGUGUUUUAACUGAUUUCAUGUGAUUUGAAAUAUCACUUUACCAAAUAUUUUAAUGACAGAUGAAAUGGCCAGCAAAAACAUACCUUUUCUUAUGGAUUGAUUUUAUCCUCUAAUAUUUCAGUAGUAGUGUGUUUAAUCCUCUUCAGGCCAUAAACCUCUUUUGAAAAUCUGAUAAAAAUAAAAGCUAAUAGAACCCCGCUGUUCUACUUCUACUCCUCAAAUUCAUUGCACACACAUAAUUCUGCAAAUACCUUCAAAGGAUUCACAGACAUCCUGAAGCCACGCUGGGGCAUCAGGUUUAAAACUCCUUUUUCCAUUUCGAGUUCCAGAGUUCUCACCAGCUUCAGUCGUUAUGUCUGACUGUUAAUCAAAAUCAAAGGCUCCAUGGAAUUCAUAAAAGUACCCGUGAAUCUGAGUUGGAACAUAAUGACCUACAGCCUACUAGGUGAUUUAAUUAAUACACUGAGUAAAGUAUUACCGUUCCUUUAGAUCACUGAUUGUUUUGCUAAAGGAUAAAGCUGUGAUCUUUCACCAGAUCGGGAGGUGUCGACACUUUGUGCAGCUACAUUUCUUCUCAUUCCGUUUCCCCAGGCCUUUGCUAAAGCGUCCCCUUUUGCUCAAACACCUCUCCUGGCUUUUCCUACCCUCAACUUGCUUUAAGUGUCUCUCCUCUGCGCCCCCAAUUGUCUGGAACAUAGCACUUAUCACUUGGUUUUGAAAUGAUUUGCCUUCUAAACUAGAUGUGAGCACCGCUCCCCCAUCCUCGGGAUUAGCAUUCCGUCAAUAAUAGUAACAGCUAUCAUUCAUUAAUGACCUGUGUGCUAGACACUAUGCUAAGCAUUUUUAAAAUACUAUCCUAUUUAAUCUUCACAUCUGAAAAAAAAAUGAAUCUAUUGAGGUGACCAUCUUAAAACCUCCAGCACUACCAAGCCAGCACGUCUCGUUAUUACUGAAACCUCCCAACUAGUCUUCUUGAUUCCUCUCUGUGUGGUUAUGUUCGAAGCUUAAGUCAGAUGGUGUCACUCCUCUGCUCAAAACCUUCCAGAGGCCCCUAUGUUGCUUAAAAGAAAGUCCAGUGUACUUACCAUGGCCUGCAGAGUCCUAUCGUUCUUGCUCCUGGCUACCUCAUCUCCUAUCAACUUCCCUCUCUUUCUGUCUUGAUGUUCCUCAAACACACCUCGGGGCCUUUGCACUUACUGCUCCCUCUUCCCACUGGUGUAAUAGUUAACAAAUGGCUCUCUGGGUGUGUGUGUGUUGGGGGGAGGGGAUUGUAGUACUUGCUGAUUUGUGUGUAUAAAUGCUCUUAUCAAGGCUGAUUUCAAUCUAUCAAUUUGACUUCACUAAACAUAGAGUUGGGAAGAGAGGUGCACAAUUGGAAGACGUGCCAGACAGCACCAGCACACCACUGCCUCUUCCCGAAACCCCACACACAUCACCUCCUGGCUGCCUGCCUCAUUUUCAGGUAUCUCCUCAAAUAUCAUCUGUAGAUACAUUCCCUGGCUAUUCAUUCUAAAACAGCACGUUUCUACAUUCAUACUUCAUCUCACCUGUCAUACUUUAUUCUCCUUAUCCUGUAUUAGUUUCACAGCGCUUAUCCCAACCUGGCAUAUAUUUAUCAUCGAUCUCUUCCCAUUAAAAUGUAAGCUUCGUGAACAGGUACUUCUUUUGUUCAAUGCUUUAUCUCCAGUACCUAACAGGUAGGAAGAACUCUAUUUACUUUCAAAUGAAAGAGGUUAAGUCACCUGCCCAAAUCACACAGCUGGUAAGUGGCAGAACAGUUCACUCAAGCGAUGAAGGUGGUGGUCUUGAUCAAGCUGAGAUAGCUUUGAUUGCCAAGGCCUAAAUCACGGCCUGGGUAGUAAAUAGUAGGUACACACUAAAUAUGUGUCAAACUAAAAAAAACUAAGCAGAAUGGCCAUUAUCUGCAAGAGCUUUCGUGGAAGUGGCGAGAGACAGGGUGAGGAACCAACUUUGUUUCCUCCAAAGCAGCCCUCCAAAAUAAUAGCUGUUGAAGGAAAUCUGGGCUAGGAGAUUAUCAGACAUGAGACAUGAUGAGUAGGAUGGAUCAUUAUCAUUACUACUACUUUACAAAUAAUACCCAAGCAAAUUUUUAAAUGAUUAAAUAAUACCUAAUUAUGUAAAAAUAUAUAAAACAGGAAGGUAAGACUCAGCCAUAACUAUCCACACAGAAAUAACCAGGUAUUUGAUAUUAUUCCAGACUUUUUUUUAUAUACUAAUAGCACUCACUUUGUCUUUUAUAUGCAUACUUUUUUACAGAAUACUGUACAUGACUUUGUUACCUGCUUUUUUCAAAUAACAGCCUGUAUCUUUCUAUGUCAAUAAACAUACCUUGCAUAUGUUCAA